CCUGUCAAUGCCUAAGAACUAAGAAACCCAAAAUACCAAUAUAAAUAAAUGUACACAGCUAGGAACCAGAAUGCUCCAUCUCUCUCACUCCCUCUCUCUCUCUCUUUGCUGUUGCUGUUGCUGAUAUAAAGAUUCUAUGGGUUUGGAGAAACGAUUGUUGGUAGAAAACUGUGAGCGUGUGUCAAAGUUUGAAGGUUGUUGUUCAGCUAUGGAGGAAAGAGAUGGUUGCAGCAGCAGCAGCCGCCAAUAUGGCCAGAGAAUACAACUAAUAUUUCAGCCAAAGGGAUGAGUUGAAGAUUUGGGAAACCCCUAGGCAAGUCUGAUGCUUGGCUUAUAAAUUUCCACUUCCACCUAACACUCGUUGUUUUUGCUUCUUUUCAAAGUCGUCUCCGAUACACACACGACACGGGAUUUCUCUCACUUUGUAAAGGAUUGGGAGAGAGGGUCGUCUAUUUACCGGUAUGCAACCUUCCUGAUCUCUUGUCGCUUUCCAAAGAGCUAGCUAUAGCUAGUCAAGGCUGUUAUUUGCUAAGAGAAAAAUAAACUCAAUAUUUAACCCCUAGAAAGAAAGAAAGAUGAGAAUUCCCGGGGGGGGGGGGAGGCUUCUUCCCAUAUAUGUUGUGUUGUUUGUUGUUGUUCUUCUUUUUGUUUUCUCACAUCAUCUGUCGUCUCUGAUUCAAGAUCAAACGUUUGUUGAAACUGAUCUUCAUCUAUAUAUAUAUAUAGCUUUAGUUUUGUUGGGUUGGUUGGGUGUUUAUGGAUUUGAUUCUUGGAAUGAAUGGUAAUGCUCAAACUCUACUUCGAAAAUAUAUAUAUAUAUAUAUGAAUCUUAAUUUCAUGCCAUCGUUGAAUUCAAUUGAAAGAUGCAUCAAUGAUGUCUUCUUGCAGUUGCAGGUCACAAAUUCAUCAGUUUUUCUUGGCGAAAUUCCCGGGAAACAAGCAAACAACAAACUCGGUAUAUAUAUAUAUAUAUAUAAAUGCGUGCAUCAAAAACAUGCUGCAAAAUGCACCAAAGAUCUGAACAAAUUAAAUUUCACAACUUUAGUGUUAUAUAUAUACACUUAACCGCAGCUCGAUGCUAUGACUGCUAAUCAUCUCAAUCCGGGAAGCAUGCAUCUUAAAUUCCGCUCAAAACCCACCAGAUGAUGGAGAAUACAGUCCAAUUUAAUUAUCACGCUUGUUUUUCCUAAUCUUUUUCCACUUGGCUGAUAGUGUUUUUCUCAUCAUUAUUAUUUAAUCAAACAAUUAAUAUGAACUAAAUCUUCGUAACAAUGCUAAGAUUGUUCAUUUGUUGUUACUUUAUUUCUCAUCACCUAAUUAAUUAAUUAAUUUUAUGGUACAAAAUCACAAAUUUAAUAAAAUACCAGGUUCAAGAUCACACACACACUUGUAAACGGGUGGGUCCUCCUCGGGUGCAUUAAUUAAAAUAAUAUUAGAUAUACGAUGCCCUCAGGUGCAAAUUGGCAAUCUGUUGCCCAUCUCACCAACUGUUGGUGCCAAAUGUAUAUAAUAGCUUUUGUGUUCUUUAAGAGAAGUAUUAUGAGUUGUCAAUGGCCACUCGUUAAUUAGGAUGAGGAUGAAGAUGAAAGGAUAAUGAUUAGGAAAUAUAAUGGCUUUUAUUUAUUUAUGUGAUAGUUUAAUAUAUCACAUUUUUAAUUAAUUUAAUAAAUAUUAAAUAUUAACACCUGAGUUGUCUUGACCUUUUUUUCUUUCUUUACUUUAUUAUUAUUAAACCUGAGCUACCCUCUACAAUUUCACGUGUCUCUAUUAGUGAAAAGCCACCGGUCUCCAUACUGUGAUAAUUUCUUCCUAAUCUAAUCAUAUCUCAAAUACUAUCUUUAACAAGCAGAUUUUUCUUGAAUUUGAGCUAAUUAUGUCUUAAAAAUUAGAUUGGGCUUUAAUUAUACAGCAACUGGCCGACGAAUGGAAUGAGGAAGAAUACGGCCCAAAAUAAGAAUGGGCCCAACCCGGGACCCAUAAGACUUUUUUUUCUUAAGCCUCAAUGGCCCCAAAUAUUUUAGUCCCAUAUAUCAUAACUCAGCCCCCCUAAUCCUAUACAAAAUAAAAUGUAUGAGAUAUGAUUAACAAGAUUUUGAAAGGAAGAUCGAUAAAUAAAUACUGCUACAAAGAGUAAUGUUUUGAAACUGUACCAUCUAUCGAACUGCAAAUGAAAGUGUGCCCAGAGUUAAUGGUCGGACUGGGAUUGAAUAAAGAUUUAUUUUUAUUAUAUAAAUAAGUACAUAAUAGUUUUUUUAAGAAAUUAUUUAGCAAUUAUACUACAAUCAACCAUUACUAAAGAGGUAAAAAAUACAAUUACUAGGAUAAUUCUUCACUAAAACACGACUUGAGUGACUCUUAUGAAUGUCAAACCACCCGAAAAAGAAUUUGAAUAAACUAUAACUAUGCAGGUGAAUCAAAUGCUUCACACACUUUUUCAACUUGAAACUAGCUAGGGCAAUGGACAUUAACAGAACAGAAGGUUUAAAUGAAUAAUAACAACAAAAAGAAGAUAAAUGGGAUUCCCCGUAUUUGUUGAAUGAUGAUAGGCAUGUGGGGGCACCAUGGCAUUGAAUAUUUAUAUAUAUAUAUAUAUCAUGAAAUGGGUUUUGAAAGCCAUCAAGGGCAGGCUGAGGCUGUCUCUUCCAAUAAUUUGGAUAUAUGCCAAGUGGAAGCCGCCCCUGCACAUGGCCACAUAUAUAGCCAUUUCUUUUCCCAUUCAAUUUUAUGUAUUAUAAUGUGUGUGUGUGUGUGUUACUUGCUCUAUCUGUCUCUAAAUAAUUGUUUAAAAAUUGCACCUUUGAUUAGGAGCUUUAAAAGCUGAAAAUUCCAGAAUGGCCAUAUGGGUGCAUGUGAGCACCUUCCAAAUUGCAGUGUUUGUUAUUUUGCAGGAAUAUUGGCCUUUCAUUGGUGACUACCUACACUCAAUGAUUAACACUCUCAUGGAGAAAGCUCCUACUUGUCUGUUGUUUCUCUAUGAUCCUUUUGACACCCUGUGGGAUGGACCUACAGAAUAAUCCAUGCCCUUCUUUCCUUUUUUUUAAUAAAUUAUAUUCUAAGCCUCUAAACUCUUAUAAACUAAAUGUCAUGAAUGCCCCUACAGCAUAUAUUUAACAACUCUUAAUUAAUCUGUUAUAACUUUUAAACACACAGGAAUAAUUAGUUUCAAACGUGGACAAUGUAUUUUACCUUCUUUUUUUUCUAUCUUCUUCAAAUAAUUGUUGACACUUUCAACUAUGAAGGUUCUGAAACAAUCAACUAGAUUGGGAUAAUUGCCCUUUUGUUCUAAUAACACAAGUCCAAAUCCUCCUAUAAUUCACCUAGAAGUAAGCUCUUUUUUCUUAAAGCAAUUGAUGAUUUCACAUUAUAUAAUUGAUCCAAAUAUAUGUUUAUUAUAAGUAGAUUAAAUAAUUUUCACCAUCUUCCAAAUAUCAGUAUUGAAAAAUGUUCAAUGCUCAAAGUAGUGUGAAUAUGUAUCUUUAUGGGAUCAUCGGUCUAGACAAGAUAACUAAAAUAGUGAAAUCUAAAUGAGUAUUAUUCCUCAUUACAAAAUAAAUGCAUAAAUCCAACAACAAUUUUACGUUAAUUAUGUUCCUAGAUUCUUAUUUACUGACCAUCAAUAUAUAAUCAUGGAGUUGGAAUGGGUUGACCUAAACAUGAAUCAAAUAUUGCUAGAAAGUACAAGACAUGUCAGCAUUCACUUAGAACACAUUCCUUCCAUGUUUUGGUGUCUGGUAGAUUCUCAAUUAGUCCGAAUCUUUACAGUCAUUAGAUGCUGAACUCCUAGCUGGUUCACUUCCCCAAACCUCACGGACACUCACUAAUUUAAUCAAAAACUCUCUCUGAUCAAUCGAUUCCAUUAAUAAUCAUUGUUCAUUAAUCAUACAUCCAUCAUAACGAAGUUAUUAACCAACCAUCCAUCUCUUCGCUCUUCCGUGUCAUAUAACACCAUCUUUCCUGCCAUCUCGGCUUUCUUCCAAGAAUGGCUGCCAGGUAGUGUGAGAGCACCAAAUCCCAGCCGAGAAAGAGGCCAAAAUGCAGAAGCAGCUGCUCUUCCUGUGCUUUUGCAUUGGCCUCUCUCUUGUUUAUGCAAACGAUGAAGCUUCAGUUUUGCUAUCAAUGAAGAAUGAUCUGGUUGACCCUUUGCACAAACUCAAAGACUGGAAAACUAUAGCCACUAAUGAUUAUUACCACUGCAACUGGACUGGAGUUUUCUGCAACUCCAAUGGCAUCGUCGAGAAGCUUGACCUCUCCAGCAUGAAUCUCAGCGGCCGUAUCUCUGAUCACAUACAAAGCUUGAAUGCCCUUGUUUAUCUCGACCUUUCGUGUAACGGGUUCUCCUCAUCCUUGCCAAAAUCAUUCUCCAAUCUUACUUUUCUCAGGAGCAUUGACCUCAGCCAGAACAACUUCGUUGGCAGCUUUCCGGAGGGGCUGGGGGGCGCUUCCGGGUUGAGAUCAGUCAACGCUUCCAGCAACAAUUUCUCGGGUUUCCUACCUGAGAAUCUUGGCAGUGCAACUUUGCUCGAAAGCCUGGAUUUUCGCGGGAGCUUCUUCGAGGGUUCGAUUCCAUCUUCUUUCAGGAACUUGCAGAAACUGAAGUUUCUCGGCCUUUCAGGAAAUAAUUUUACCGGAAGAAUUCCAGUAGAGCUUGGCCAACUUUCGUCGCUGGAGACCAUCAUUCUUGGGUACAAUGAGUUUGAAGGCCCUAUCCCGGCUGAACUUGGCAAUCUCACCAACCUUCAGUACCUUGACUUGGCAGUUGGCAGCCUCAGUGGCCAGAUUCCUAAAGAACUCGGCAGGCUGAAGAAACUGACAACUGUUUACUUGUAUCAGAACAAUUUUGAAGGGAAGAUUCCACCGGAAAUUGGAAACAUCACUUCGCUUGUGUACUUGGAUGUCUCUGAUAAUAAAAUUUCCGGUGAGAUCCCAGAUGAAAUUGGCCGGCUAAAUCAGCUGCAGCUACUAAAUUUGAUGUGCAAUCAGCUGAAUGGCUCAAUUCCAAGCAAGCUUGGUGAGUUAUCCAAACUAGAGGUUCUUGAGCUAUGGCAGAAUUCAUUGACUGGUCCGUUGCCGGAAAAUCUUGGCCAGAACUCCCCAUUGCGGUGGCUGGACGUGUCGUCUAAUUCAUUGACAGGUGAGAUUCCGCCAGGGUUGUGUGAUUCUGGCAAUCUCACUAAACUAAUUCUUUUCAACAAUUCAUUUUCCGGUCCAAUCCCCACAGGUCUCUCAACUUGUUCUUCACUUGUCCGGGUUAGGGUCCAAAACAAUCUUAUUUCUGGGACAAUUCCAACUGGCCUCGGAAAUCUGCCAAAAUUGCAGAGGCUAGAAUUGGCUAGCAACAAUCUAACCAGUAGAAUUCCGGAUGAUCUAGCUCUCUCUACUUCACUUUCUUUCAUAGAUGUCUCAUGGAACCGCCUUGAAUCAUCCCUCCCUCCAACGAUUCUAUCCAUUCCCAGUCUCCAAAACUUUAUUGCUUCUAACAACAAUUUGAGAGGCAAUAUUCCAGACCAAUUCCAGGACUGCCCAUCCCUUUCUGUGCUCGAUCUGUCGAGCAACCAUUUCUCUGGAAAAAUCCCACAGAGCAUUGCUUCAUGCCAAAAGCUAGUGAGUCUGAAUCUUCGGAACAACCAGUUCACUGGGGAAAUCCCAAGACCAAUAGCCACGAUGCCCACAUUGGCUAUUCUGGAUCUAUCGAACAAUUCUCUUACAGGAAGCAUACCAGAGAAUUUUGGAAGCUCUCCUGCCCUGGAAAUGCUCAACCUGUCUUACAACAAGCUCGAGGGACCAGUUCCGAACACCGGUAUGCUAAUGACAAUUAACCCAAAUGAUCUUACAGGCAAUGCAGGUCUUUGUGGUGGCAUUCUUCCACCAUGUUCUCAAAUUCCCACAAGAACGUCAUCUCUGAGGAAAGCUCACGUCAAACACAUAGUCGUUGGAUUUGUCAUUGGAAUUUCGGUGAUUCUAGCUCUUGGAAUGGCAGUUCUUUUGGGGAGAACCCUUUACAGAAGAUGGUACUUGUGCAGCAGCUUCUUCACAGAUUGGUAUAAAUGGAGCACUUCAGAGUGGCCAUGGAGGCUGAUAGCAUUCCAGAGGCUCAGUUUCACAAGUGCUGACAUACUAGCCUGCAUAAAGGAAUCAAACAUCCUUGGGAUGGGUGCAUCGGGGAUCGUUUACAGGGCUGAGAUCCAGCGGCCACAUGCAGUUGUCGCAGUGAAGAAGCUAUGGAGAUCAACAGAGGCAGAUACUGAAACUGGAGAUGACCUGUUUGGAGAGGUUAAUCUACUGGGGAGACUCCGGCAUAGGAACAUAGUUAGGCUGUUGGGGUACCUUCAGAAUCAGAAUGAUGUGAUGAUGGUUUACGAGUACAUGCCAAACGGCAACCUGGGGCAGGCCUUGCAUGGCAAGCAGGCUGGGAAAAUGUUGGUGGAUUGGGUUUCUAGGUAUAACAUAGCUGUAGGGAUUGCACAGGGGCUGGCUUACCUUCACCACGACUGCCACCCACCAGUCAUCCACCGUGAUGUCAAGUCGAACAACAUUCUUCUUGAUGCCAACUUUGAAGCCAGGAUUGCAGAUUUUGGCUUGGCCAGGACCAUGCUGAGGAAGAAUGAAACAGUUUCAAUGGUGGCUGGGUCAUAUGGAUAUAUAGCACCGGAAUACGGAUACACAUUGAAGGUGGAUGAGAAGAGCGACAUAUACAGUUUUGGGGUGGUGCUGCUGGAGCUUAUUACAGGCAAAUUUCCAUUAGACCCAGGAUUCGGGCAGUUUACUGAUAUUGUGGAAUGGGUUCAAGGCAAGAUGAGGAGCAACAGAUCAUUGGAAGAAGCUUUGGACCCCAACACUGCAGGGCAAUGCAAGCAUGUGCAAGAAGAGAUGCUUCUUGUCCUCAGAAUUGCUCUGCUCUGCACAGCCAAGAACCCGAAGGAAAGGCCUUCAAUGAGGGAUAUCACAACAAUGCUUGGAGAAGCAAAGCCCAGAAGGAAAAGCACUUGCCACAAUGGAGCACAGAACCCAGUGAACAACAAGCCAAUCUUCAGUAAUUCUCCUGUCAUUGGCCUCUUAUAAGAAUAGUUGUUUUGCUCAUGACAUUAUUCACUGUAAUUGCUCUUUCAAGUGAAUUUUUCUUCUCUCUCUCUUUUUGAACUUUCCUUGGUUAGAUCUGACCCAAAAGACCUCAGGUUUUGGCACCAAGAGGUAAGUGAGCAAGGCUUAAAUGAUUUUACUGUUAGUUUCCCUCAAAGGAUGAUUUAUUGACGAUAAAUGCCAUACAAGUAGCAGAUAUAGUCAGAAUU